AUGGAGCCCUGCAUCGCCAACCUCCCCCUGUCCCCGGACCGGCUGUCCUCCUUCCCCCGACACAGAUCCGUCUCUCCUCACUACCCGGGCCUCCACGGUGCUCACUUCCCUCUCAUGGCCAGGUGUAACAGCAGCACCUUGCUCACUAACCUGGGGCUGAGGUACUGCUCCAGCAUGCAGGGCCCUCUGGGGGUGGGGCUGGGUCCGGGGACGGCCCCGGGCUCCUGCAGCUACGCAGGAAGCGGUGGCAGCAGGCCAUACAGGAGUAUGGAGAAUCUGAACUGGAACAAUAUGGCAGAUUCAGGCCUUUAUCCGUUCAGUGCUGCCCCCUACAGGAGCAUGGACAGUGAGUUUAUUUUGCGCUAUACAUCUACCAGCCACUGGUAUGACGGGCCCCCAGACAGAUCUGUGAUGGGGGCCCAUGGACUGUUACCUCACCCGGAGAGCCUGGCAUUCAACCCUCGACAUGGGCUACCCAGGAAGGACCUACCACUCUUCCCCCAGUUGCUUUUUCCAGGUGGCGUUGACGAAUGGGAUGCCAGAAAAGGCCUGAGGGAGAAACUCCGCCUUCAGAGUGCAAGGUCAGCAAUCGAGUCUCUGAAGCCCCUCCCACUGCGGCCUCAGAUGACCCCAAGUGCGACAUCCAUCGAAAAAGAGGGUUCCAGGCCGCUGUGCACCAUGCGCAUCACCAACCCUGAGGAGAUCAAGCAGGAGGUCCUGAGGCGCCUGCAGCUGCGGCGACAGAACAGCAGCCCCAACCUCACUCUCCACAGCUCCCCGGCUACCCCCAAAGCGGUUAAAACAUCCUGCACAACCGACAACAUCGUGGGGAACAGGAACGGAUCGGAUUCUGCGUCUGAGUGCCGCAGGCCUCCUGUGGGACGUCUACACAUCCCCACGUUCGAGGAGUUCAAGAGGAUGAGGCAGAGGGAGGGAGAGCAGAGCAAAGAGUCCACAGCCGGUUCUGUGGUGUCUGGAAAACCUGCAGCCGACCUUCAGGAUGUAGCAGCGUCAAAUAGUGAGAAAGCUCCGUCUGAUCGGACUGUCCCUCAGUCAGGUUCUCCUAGACACCCCGAGGAGGUGGAUGGAGAUAAGAGCACAGGUGAAAGGAUGGGCAGCAGUGAUGAAGACCUGCAGACCAUCACCUCCUCAGAGAACCUUUCCUCUGACACUGUGAACAGUAACGGCACCGCAGACCCCAACUCGUUCUUGGCCUUUGUUACCAGCACUUAUUCACCCAUCUGCACAGGCCCGUCUCCGCGUUCACCCCUACCGCUCCUUGCCAGCCUAACCCAGGAGAAAGCCCUCACUGCAGGAGGAGAAGACGGGAGCGGCCGGCGCAGGAGGAGCAGUCUGGAACCAGCUGGGUCGGCUCCUUUCCCACACGGCAGAGAGAACUGGGGCCGACCCUCCAGCUGCUGCCCGGCGCUGCUCCUGGAGGGGACGGACCUGUCCAGCUACGGAGCCAAGAUCUACAAGAUGAAGGAUGGACUCAUUGGCUCAGCACUGGACCUAAUCAAGAAGAGCUGCAGUGCAGAGAUUUCCGCCGAGACCCCCGUCAGGCUGUCAGGUGACCGGCAAGGAGGCUGUGACAUCACCGCCCCCUCGACCGACUGUCAGCCCUCCGCCGUUGCCAUGGCAACGUCGGCAACGGCCUACGGAGCCGAGGCUGGCGACGAGACGCCUGCAGGAGGAGGAGGAGAGGCAGCAGGAGAAUGCCAGACCGGUCUGGGCUGCAGGCGCUCCAGCUCAGACGCGGCCUAUGAGCUGGCGGAGACGGUGAGGGCGCAGCGCGAGUGUCGCCUCCGGCCCCACUACAGCGACCCCAUGCCGGCCGACGCUUCCAAGCGCAAACAGCUGGAGAUGAAGAUCGCUGCCGCCGCCCGCCUGCACGGCCACCGCCGGGACCGCGACAGAGACAGUGCAGCCAUCCGGGGCCGCUCGGAGCCCCCUGGCGAGGAGCGUCAGGUGGGUCUGGGUGUGACCCGCUCGGGGCAGCACCGCUGGAGCACCAUCAGUAGUCUGAGCGCUGACAGCGGCGUGGUGGGUCUCAGCGACGAGCGGGAGGAGGAGGACAGCGAGCCCCGCCGCUACCGCAGAACCCGGGGAGCCGAUGUGGAGCGGGUGGACAGCGGCAUCGGCCCGGGGCUGUCCCGGACCUGGAAGAGGCCGUCCGCCUCGCUCAGAGCCUGGGAGGCCCAGAGGCCGUGUCCGGACUGCGGCCUGAGGGACGGGGCGUCCAAGGAGCGAGGGGAGCGCAUGUGUGAACGUUGCUCCAAGCUGCGCACGGAGCGCAAAGAAGCCAUCCUGGAGUUUCUGAACACGGAGUCCAGCUACGGCGAGGACCUGCGGAUCAUCAGGGAGGAGUUCUACUGCCCCAUGCAGAGCGCCGGGCUGCUGACGGCCGAGCAGCUCGCCGUGGUGUUCGGUAACGUCCAGGAGCUGAUCGACGUCAACGACCGCUUCACCGAACACCUGCAGGAUAGCAUCGACCAGGCCUUCGACCAGGGAGACGGGGAUCUGCUGACCGUGUACAUAGGAGAGAUCUUCCUGGAAUUCGUGAACAUGCUUCCCGCCUUCCAAACCUACUGCCUGCAGCAGUCCACCUCGGUCAACCUGCUCAACACCCUGGAGAAGGAGAAGGAGCUACUCAGAAUCUUUUUGGAUGUCUCCCAGAACGACAAUACAGCACUGCGUCGUAUGAACCUGCGCUCUUUCCUCAUGGCGCCCCUCCAGCGCGUGACCAAAUACCCACUUCUGUUGAGCCGCAUCAUUAAGGUCACGCCCGAAUCUCACCCCGACUACGCACGUCUCCGUGAGGCCAAGAGUCGGGUGGAGUCCCAUCUGGAGCACAUCAACAUGAAGACUAAGCAGGAGGGCAACGGCGUCACAUGGUCCCUCCGGUCCUUCCGACGAGACAGCCGCAAGAACCGGGAGGUGAUCAACAUCGAGAUGCGGGAGAUGUCGAUGAAGACGGUGGGCUGGGCCCGAGAAAACACCCGCUUCGUCAUGGAGGGCCCGCUCCAGCUCUCCCAGCCGGCGGAUGGUCAGUGGGUGAGGAAGGGAAGCAAGGCCCUCAAGUUCCAGAAUGUCCAGAGUCUGCUGAUGGUGAGGACACAGCGGUUGGGUGAGGCCCCAGGACCAGGCACCGACCUCGGGGCGUGGGGAGAUCAGGUGGAGGGCGGUGGCGAUAGCAUUCGAGACGGAGUUCUGGUUCUCAUCAAGGACAAAAGCAGCGGGAAGUUCGCGGUGCUGAGAGAGCCCAUCCGUCUGGGGAACUGCGUGGUGUCGGCGGAUCCCGACUCCGAGGACACAUUCGAGGUGCUCGACAUCCGACGGGAGUCAUUUGUUUUCCGUGCCUCAGACAAAUCUCGCACCCAGCAGUGGUUCCAUCAGAUUAAGAGGUACACUCGAGACUUGGGCACCUGGAGGAAAAGACGCAACGCUUUGCCCAACAUCAUGAUCAACACAAACCAGACCCGCUCCUGA